GAAAAAGGAAAAAAAACAUUCAAAUCUCCCUCUUUGAUUUGCAAGCCAUGAUAAGGAAGAAGGUUAAGCUUGUUUAUAUCACCAAUGAUUCAUCAAGGAGAGCCACCUAUAAGAAAAGAAUCAAGGUUUUGAUGAAAAAGAUGAGUGAGUUGAGUACCCUUUGUGGGAUCAACACUUGUGCUAUCAUGUAUAGUCCUUAUGAAUCCCAACUCAAGGUCUGGCCAUCCCCCAUAGGAGGCCAACAAGUGCUCUCCAAGUUCCAGAUGAUCCUUGAGAUGGAACAAAGAAAGAAUAUGGUGAAACAAGAGAGUUUUCUCUCCCAAAGAACUGUCAAAGUAGUGGAACAGCUUAAAAAACAUUGCAAGGACAACCAAGAAAAAAAGAUGAUUCAAGUCAUGUUUAAUAACAUUUGUGUUAAAUGGGUCAUCCAUGGAUUCAACUUUAAGGACAUAAAUGAUCUCAACUUGUUGGUCGAUGAAAAACUGAGUAAUAUUGACAAGAGGAUGGAUGCAUUUACUAUGACACCCCUUUACACUCUAGGGGCAUAG